GGAAGAGAAUCCCAACACUUUCGGGAAAGGUUUCGUCAUCACUGUGCGCCGGAAGGGAAAGAGAAGUAUGGUCGCUGCUGCUGUUUCUUCUCUUCGGCUGUGUGGUGCGAGAAGAAGAUGGGCUUUACAGUCCAUAUAUUCAUCUGUCAGAUUUUGUGGAACUGGAAUGAACUUGGAUAAUGUCAAUAAGGCAGUUCUUGAUCGCAUAAUCAGAGUGGAUCAUGCAGGCGAAUAUGGAGCAAACCGCAUUUAUGCUGGGCAAAUGGCAAUACUUGGUAGAACAUCAGUAGGACCAGUUAUCCAGCAAAUGUGGAAUCAGGAAAAGGAACAUUUGAAAAAAUUCAAGGAGUUAAUGAUCAUGUACAGAGUCCGCCCAACUGUUCUGUUGCCCUUUUGGAACAUUACAGGAUUUGUGUUAGGAGCCGGAACUGCCUUACUUGGAAGAAAAAGUGCAAUGGCUUGCACUGUGGCUGUGGAAGAGAGCAUCUCCAAUCAUUAUAACAACCAGAUCAGGACGCUCAUGGAAGAAGAUCCAGAAAAGUACAGAGAAUUGUUAGAGACAAUAAAGAAAUUUAGAGAUGAAGAGUUGGAACAUCAUGACACUGGACUUGACCAUGAUGCAACACUGGCUCCAGCAUAUUCUGUUCUGAAAAAUACAAUACAGAUAGGAUGUAAAGCUGCAAUAUUUUUAUCAGAAAGAAUAUAGAAAACGUUUUGACAAUACUAGAAUAACAGGUGUAAAUUAAGGAUUUAUCAGUAUAUUUCAAUAAUAUAAAAUAAAAUUAUACAAUAAUUA